UCCCCGGGCAGACGCGGACGCAGUAGCCGAAGCUUGCGCGGGGCUCCCUGGUACCCAGAGCCGGGGCCGAGGCCGUGGUGAGGCCGGGAAGGUAGGGACAGGAGUCCAGCCACCACUUGACCGCAGGCUGCAUCGCGUCGCCGGUUCCGCGGGCACCAUGAGCCAGGACACAGAGGUGGACCUGAAGGAGGUGGAGCUGAACGAGCUGGAGCCCGAGAAGCAGCCGAUGAACGCGCCGUCCGAGGCGGCCAUGGCCGCGGUCGUGGCGGGCGGCGCGGAGAAGAACGGUCUGGUGAAGAUCAAGGUGGCCGACGACGAGGCGGAGGCGGCGGCCGCGGCCAAGUUCACCGGCCUGUCCAAAGAGGAGCUGCUGAAGGUGGCGGGCAGCCCCGGUUGGGUGCGCACCCGCUGGGCGCUGCUGGUGCUCUUCUGGCUCGGCUGGCUCGGCAUGCUCGCCGGCGCCGUGGUCAUCAUCGUGCAGGCCCCGCGCUGUCGCGAGCUGCCGGCGCAGAGCUGGUGGCACAAGGGCGCCCUCUACCGCAUCGGUGACCUUCAGGCCUUCCAGGGCCCCGAGGGGGGCGACCUCGCCGGCCUGAAGGAACGUCUCGAUUACCUGAGCACCCUGAAGGUGAAGGGCUUUGUGCUGGGCCCAAUUCACAAGAACCAGAAGGAUGACCUCGCGGGGACCAACUUGGAACAGAUCGACCCCACUUUUGGCUCCAAGGAAGAUUUUGACAGUCUCUUGCAGUCGGCCAAGAAAAAGAGCAUCCGGGUCAUUCUGGACCUCACUCCCAACUACAGGGGCCAGAACUCGUGGUUCCUCCCCACAGAGAUUAACUCUGUGGCCGCCAAGAUGAAGGAUGCUCUGAGUUUUUGGCUGCGGGCCGGUGUGGAUGGGUUCCAGGUUCGGAACGUGGAGAGUCUGGAGGAUGCGCCUUUGUUCUUGGCCGAGUGGCAAAACAUGACCAAGAGCUUCAGUGAAGAUAGGCUGCUGAUUGCCGGGACCGAGUCCUCUGACCUUCGGCAGAUCCUGAGCCUGCUCGGGUCCACCAAGGACCUGUUGUUGACCAGCUCAUACCUGUCAAGCUCUGGUUCCACUGGGGAGCGCAUGAAAUUCCUGGUCACCCAGUAUCUGAACGCCACUGAGGAUCGCUGGUGCAGCUGGAGCCUGUCUCAGACGGGAUUCCUGGCUUCCCUCGUGCCGGCUCACCUCCGCCGUCUCUACCAGCUGCUGCUGUUCACGCUGCCCGGCACCCCGGUUUUCAACUACGGAGAUGAGAUUGGCCUGGAGGCAGCUGCCCUUCCUGGCCAGCCUGCGAAGGCUCCGUUCAUGCUCUGGGAUGAAUCCAGCUUCCCCAACACCUCAGGAUCCGGAAGUACCAACAUGAGUGUACAGAGCCAGAGUGAAGACCACGGUUCCCUCCUCUCCCUGUUCCGGAGGCUGAGCGACCAGCGGGGCAAGGAGCGCUCUCUGCUGCACGGAGACUUCCACAUGCUCUUCUCCCCCGAGCCCGACCUCUUCGCCUACAUCCGCCACUGGGACCAGAAUGAGCGCUUCCUGGUGGUGCUCAACUUCGGGGGUGUGGGCCACACUGCCAUGUUGGGGGCCUCUGGUGUGCCGGCCAGCGCCAGCCUGCCGGCCAGUGUCGACCUACUGCUCAGCACCGAUGUGGGCCGUGAGGAGGGUGGGUCUCUGGAGUUGGAGCACCUGAACCUGAAGCCGUAUGAAGGGCUGUUGCUCCGCUUCCCUUAUGUGGCCUGACAGGACACCCCUCCCCUCCCUUCCCAUCCCCUCCCCUCUCUGGGCCCUUCAGAUCCUGGUUUCUUUUCGUUUUUUUUUUACUGUCACAGAUUACAGAUGAAACCCCAGAUUAAGGUGUGUUCCGGCUUCAAAUAAAAGCCACUCCCACCUA